AUGACAUAUAUCUCUUUGUUGCCGGUUAUCUUCGGUGUUGUAUUUGCUACAGUCGGCGAUUAUUACUUUACGAAAAUGGGCUUUUUCCUUACCGUACUCGGCACUUUGUUGGCUGCUUUGAAAACUGUUGUCACCAACCGCGUCUUAGUUGGUCGUCUAAAACUGCAUCCCUUUGAUCUGUUAUUGCGAAUGUCACCAUUGGCCUUCGUUCAGACUGUUAUCUAUGCUUAUGUGACUGGAGAGUUGAACAGAGUUAGAACGUUCAGUAAAAAUUCAAUGACUACAUCACUUGUCAUUGCUCUAAUGACAAACGGCGUCAUCGCUUUUUUCUUGAAUUACGUUAGUUUCACAGCAAAUAAGAAGACAUCUCCAUUGACUAUGACAGUCGCAGGGAAUGUCAAGCAGGUACUUUCAAUAAUUCUAGCAGUAGUGAUAUUCAACCUCACGAUAACGCCAACAAAUGGUUUGGGUAUUUUCCUCACUUUGCUUGGAG